GUCACAACGUGCAAGCUACAGCCAUCUCUCUUGACAUUCUCAAAGCAGCCACUCCUCUUUGUCUUGAAAGUAAUGUCUUCUAGUGUCCUGACUUGCCAUUCCUACUACUUAUUUAUUAGGACCGCCUUCUAGUGCGUCCUCCUCAAGUGUCUCACUUUCCUAAACUCAAACUGUAAAAGUGAGUGAGUGAGAGAUAGAGAGAGAUGAAGGAUAUUAGAGAGUUGGGUCACUUGUUUGCAUGCGCCUUCCUCUUCCACUUCUCUUCUUUCAUGGUGAUUCCAUCCAUCACCGAUAUCACCGUCGAGGCGCUGUGCCCUGGUAGGGAUCGGUGCUCCCUCGCAAUCUAUCUCAGUGGCUUCCAACAAGUGAUCACAGGGUUGGGAACUCUCAUGGUAACUCCUUUGAUUGGCAAUCUAUCAGAUAGAUAUGGCCGAAAGGCUUUGCUGACCCUUCCUAUGACAACUGCUAUUAUUCCCUCAGCUAUAUUGGCUUAUGAUCGGUCGAGAGCUUACUUUUAUAUUUACUUCAUCGUCAAGACAUUCACUGGCAUGUUCUGCGAAGGCAACAUGCAAUGCCUUUCACUUGCAUAUGUGGCGGACAAGGUCGGCGAGCGGCGGCGAGCGUCGGCUUUCGGCGUGCUCUCCGGCGUCUCCGCUGCCGGAUUCGUCUCCGGCACCGUCUUCGCCCGCUUCCUCUCCACGUCCUCCACCUUCCAGGUCUCCGCCACCGUUGCCGUGGUCGCGGCGGCUUACAUGAGGCUCUUCCUGGCCGAGACGGACCGCGGCGGCGGCUGCGGCGGCUGCGGCGGCGAGGACGAGGAGGCCUCCCGCCCCCUCUGUUCCCCUCCUUCCUCCGACGGCGAGUCGUCUCCGAGACUGCCGGCCCUGAGAAAGCUGCCGUCGCUGGAGAACAUGAUCAGCAUUCUGCGGACGAGCAACACGUUAUCAAGAGCAGCAGCAGUUGUAUUUUUCAACAGUCUUGCUGAAAGUGGCCUUCAGGGUGCAAUACUGUACUACCUGAAAGCACAGUUUCAGUUCAGCAAAGAUCAAUUUGCUGAUCUGCUGCUGAUCCUUGGGAUUGCAGGAGCCUUCUCACAGCUAUUCCUGAUGCACUUAUUAAUUCCCACGUUGGGUGAGGAGAAACUCCUUAACAUAGGUCUCUUGGCAAGUUGUGCACAUAUUUUUCUUUACAGCAUUGCAUGGUCAUAUUGGGUUCCUUAUUUAGCUGCAGUAUUUGUAGUUUUGACUGUUUUCAUGCAACCAUGUAUAAGGAGCAUUGUUUCCAAAAAGGUUGGACCAAGUGAGCAGGGAAUGGCCCAAGGAUGUAUAACCGGCGUUAGUUCAUUUGCUACAAUUGUAUCUCCAUUAGUCUUCACUCCUCUAACAGCUUGGUUCCUGUCAGAGGAUGCACCAUUUAAAUUCAAAGGCUUCAGUAUCAUGUGUGUUGGAUUUGCAUCAUUGAUAGCCUUCAUGCUUAGUAUUAUGAUGAGGGCUGCUCCUCCAAGUACGAGCCAGAAACUUGUGAAUGCCAUACAUGUGCUGGCCUGAUUCUCAAGAAUGUGAAUUCAGCCCAGCAUGACCUCCUCUAUAUCUGCGAUCGCUUGCAUGUAAGAAAAUCACAUCUGAAGAGUUUUGCAAACUGCUUAUCUUGGAUCGCAGUAUCAUUCCAUCUGUAUGGAUUUCUGUGGUGCUAUUGAGGAAUAUGGAGUACUCUGACAACUUAGAAGGCAGCCUCUCCUUGGUUGGUGGUCCAGAGAGGGAAGGCAAGAUGCACAAUCAUUUCUUGUAAUUAUGUUCAUCUAGAUGAAUUUGCCCUCCCCCCCUCUCUCUCUCUAGGUUUUUAGUCUGUUCCUUGUAUCUGACUGCUGCUGCUUCCAUGGCAUAUCGGUUUCCUUACCAAGAUUCAAUAGGUAUGAACAACAUUCUCUUUGUAUUCUGUAUAGAUUAUAAACCAAAUGCUAAUCAUCAAAAAAUUUAGUUUGUCU